AUGGCGACAUACAUCAAGAACAGUACUUGGGCGGAUACAGUCCCAUCAAGAUCCGAUACUCUGUUUUCUUCUCUCUCUUCUUCCCCAGAAGGGUUUGGUCGAUGCUCUGCAGUCAUGGCGUCCUGCGUUGAACGCGAGAUCAACGCCUUUUUGUGGCUCGCUCUCAUAGGCGUCACCGGUUAUUUGCUCAGGAAACUGUUGAAGGUGUUCGAGGUAUGGGCCAAGGCCGGGCCUUUACCGGGCCCCUCGUCUGGUUUUUAUGGCCACUGCCACCUCAUCGCCGGCUCCAGUCUCACCGAUGUUCUCCAUAUGUGUCACGAGAAAUAUGGAGGUGUUGUAAGACUGUGGCUUGGGCCUACUCAACUGUUGGUCUCAAUAGAGGAUAAAGAACUUAUCAAAGAUGUCCUUCUGAAGGCUGAAGAUAAAUUGCCUUUAACGGGUAGGGCAUUUCGCUUGGCUUUUGGGAGUUCGAGCCUUUUCGUCUCGCCUUUCGACAAGGUAGAAAGUAAACGUAAGUCAGUGGAAAGCAAACUUGGAGGUACACUGCUCAAGAGAAUCAGUUUGAUCCCUGAAAAAAUACUGGAUAGCAUCAUAGAAAGAGCUCAAUGUGCAACGGUUAAAGGAGUUGUGGAUUGUGAAACUAUUUCUCUGCAUCUAGCUUUUACCAUCCUGGGAGCUACAAUAUUUGGUGAUGCAUUGUUAACUUGGCCUAAGGCAGCUGAAUACGAGGCCCUAUUAAUGGAGAUUGCUCGGGAGGCAUGCUUUUGGGCGUCGUAUGGUGUUACUCCAUUCUGGAAAAAGGAAUUUUGGAAGUUUAAGGAAUCUUGUACCGAGUUGAAGAGCUUAACUGAGGAGCUCAUACACGAAAGCAAACAGAACUGCAAGUCGGACUUCUUACAGGAUUUUGGUGGCCAUGAUGACACGGAAUUUGAAUUAUGUGGGGAAGUAGUUAGCCUGAUCUUUCAUGGGUCUCUGACUAUGGGUGCACUUAUUGCUAGUGUCUUGACAAGGCUUGUGACACAUCCAGACAUACAGGAUAAGAUUCACUCGGAAGUGAUAAUGGCACCAAAAGUUAGGAUGGAUGCAGAUCCACAGGCUGUGGAUGUGAAUUGGCCCAUUCUCCUGGCAACUAUAUAUGAAUCAGCGCGUCUUCUUCCAGCUGGACCUCUACUCCAAAGAUGCUCCCUCAAGCAUGAUUUGACUCUUAAAAACGGUAUGGUGAUACCCGCUGCUUCCAUGAUUGUUGUGCCGGUUCAGUUGGUUCAAAUGGACAGUUCGAAUUGGGGAAUUGAUGCUGCCAAGUUCAACCCACACAGAUUUCUUUCGAGCACUGGUGCCAAAUGUGUUUCCACACAUGUGCCUCGUGAUGAACACAAUUCGUGCACUUUGAGAGAUCCAAGUGAAUUCGAAGCAUUUCUUCCUUUCGGAUCCGGUGCACGUGCUUGUAUUGGACAGAAGUUAGCCAUUCUUGGAAUUUCAUCAUUGUUUGCUGCCCUCAUUGGUCAACAUGAGGUUACCAUGCGAAUAGGAUCCGAAUGCAACAUGAAACCCACAAUAAACAACUACAUGCUCCAGCUUUGUCCGAGUCCAAAGCUUUUCGGCCUCCGCCUCCUCUCAGUCGUGCAAUAUUGGCGUCGGUCAUCACAAGCCCGAGCAGCUCGUCCCAUUAGGAGUCGUCGUCCCCUCCUCGAUGUAGAGCUUCGCCCUAAUCGCCGAUUGUCUAUGAGUGAUGGAGUGGGUUCCGACAAGCGCUAA